AUGUCCAGUCAUAGACGUGAGGUCGCGGGCCGCACGAUGUGGUUUGAGGGCGAGCAACCACCGCCUGUCCAAACACCGGAGGUGCGCACAAACGUCCAUUCCGACACGGUAUUGGCCGAGCCCUCCAACAAUUUCGGAUCGAAGACGUCCUCGUGCGAACCCACAUACACCCCUCGUGAAAUUCCGACGAACAACCCGUGGCAGACAUACAAACCAUGUGCUCGCAUCGUCUACGGAGAACACAUGGUUCUGGCCCAGCAUCGACAACGUAAAGCGGAAUUUGUUCAUAUUCAGGAUGAUGGCACGGAACGACCAAUCGUAAGUUCUUGGGUUCAAGCACUGGAUCAAAACGCCCACCGCAGCUUCCGCCGCCUUGUGGAUGUCAUGCAGCAUCACCAGCGCUACUUUUUGAUAUGGGAGCCGAUUGAAUUUUCCGUCAGUGAGGUUCUGGCAUCAACGUGCGAGAUCUCAGAGAGUGAGAUAGUGCAGAUUAUCAGGCCCGUCCUGGAGGGUAUUGCGUUCCUUCACAACCAGGGCAGGGUCCUGCAGAGCCUGACACCUCGAGACAUACUCAUAACUGCAAGCGGCGAAGUCAAGAUCGCCGGCGUGGAGCACAGCCGCGAGUGCGGCACUUCCCCAUCUGAUGCAGCAGCUUCGCAACUGGCUCCACUCGUGACGAUUGCCACGGAACUGAUGAAGAAGAAUAGGGCCGCUUUCCCCUGGAGUUCGCAUGCACAGAAUUUCUCGACAAUAGCGAUUGACAACCCGUUCGUGAAUCCUGUGGACGCGCUGUUAAGUGUAGGUUGCCCGUACGUUUCAGUCGCCAUGCCGCAAGCAUGCUGGUUUCCCAGCAUUCUUUUCUUCGGCCUUCAACAGGCGAAGAAGGGCUUCAGGUCCUCAUCAGUGUAG